AUGAAAAACAGAUUGGACAGUAAAGCUCAAGAAAUUAUAGUGACAACGGUAAAGAAGCUGCAGAUGACAGCUACGCAUACAGCAAAGAUAAAAGACCUCGCGCAUCGUUUAAGCAUGCUUGGCAAGUCUGUUUCCGAUGGGAUGAUAAUGACAAAGAUCUUAAUGACUCUUCCACCUUCCUAUCAGCAUUUCAACACAGCAUGGGAGUCGCCGACCCAGGAGCAAAGAACUCUGUCAAACCUCACGGCAAGACUCACGGUGGAGGAGCUCAGGAAUAAGCAGCACGAUAGCCAUAGAAACAGCGCUCUUGCAGCAAAAACGAAGCAGCAACCUACUACUAAAGGAUAG